GCACCUCGAUGCUCUGCAACUCUGACGCUCUGCGCAGCUGCUCUGAUUGCUUCGUCGAGUCGAGCCACGAGAUACAAACACGCAAAAGCAAUCUUGUCAUCACUCACGCCACACAUCAUUAGCUUUGACCAUGUCGAGCACCAGCGCCCCAGCAGCAGCAACAACGUCCGGGCAAGGCUCAGCGAGUCGUCUAGCCAGUCCUCACAGCACCAGCACGAACCGAAGCUCCCUGUCUCCUUCCAAACGCCAAAGCACUAGCCAAGCCACAUCCAUGGCAAUCUCACCCUCUAGCGGAGCGGAUACGGAGGAUGACUUUGAUGAGGCGGAUGGGGAGGAUGAGGAAGAGGGAGAAGAGGUGGAUCAUGGUGGCAAUGCUGGAGAUCAGCUGCGCAACGAGACCUCCGUCAAGAGCGGAUAUCUUUACAAGAGAGGCGAGAAGCGAAAGAACUGGAAGAAGCGGUGGUUCGUGCUGCGAAGCUCCAAGCUUUGCUACUACAAGAAUGAGAAGGAGUACCAGCUGCUGCGUUUUAUCGACAUUGAAGAUGUGCACACCAUCGCAUCGAUCGAGUUGAAGCGCAUCGAACAUUCCUUUGGCAUCGUCACGUCAACAAGGCAGUACUACGUUCGGGCCUCUUCCAAAGCAGAAAAAGAGUCGUGGAUCAAGGCGCUCAACGAGGUCAAGGAGCAGAUCCGUCAGAGGUCCACGCUUACCCAAGAAUUGUCUACCGAGGACCUGGAUGAUGCUGCACCCACACCCACUCGAGCCUCUUCGCGUAGGGGCGCGGGUGCUGGGGGUUCUUUGAGUGCAUCGAGCGCACCAAGCGCUGCAAGUUCGAGCUCUGUCUCGACCGCCACUGCGAAGCCGAUCACCGUCACGAUACCCGGUCAAGGGCAAUACCAUGCUCCUGCACAGCCCCGUGCUAUUCCUCGAGCUGCUGGCGGCGAUUCUUUCAGUCCGCUCACUUCUACCAGUCUUAGCAACAGCAACAGCGAGCCAGAGGCGGAAAUGGCCAGCCUCCGCCUGGAUGCUUCUGGUGGAGCAGAGCAAUUUGGUCUGAGCUACGCGAGCCAGAGCUCAGCUGGUCCGAGCCUCGGGUCCAGUCCGCAAUCCCGCGGACUUGGAAUGAGACGCAGUCCUUCACCGUCUGGUGAUGCAUCUCAAGGAGCUGAAGGCUCUCUUGGACGCAAGUCUGGACAAAAGCUGGGCGAUGCUCCAAACGAGAAGGAUGCCUCCGCAUUGCGGCAGAGUAUGGAGCAGACGACUGGCUGGACUUUUGGUGGAACAUCGGAUGGAGGUAAUGUACCGGGCGGUGGGACAACAGGUGCAGCCUUGAGCAGUAGUGAAGAGGAUGAGGAUCCGGAGGAUUGGGACGAAGAGGAGAGGGCUGAUCAGGCAAUGCCGCUGCCCGGCACGAGUCUCAGUCCACCAAACGCCCCUCAUGGCACCAACGCGUCCACCUCGUCGAAUACCACACCUCCUGCAUCCAGUAUGCCCAAGCAGCCGCAGAGGUCUGCUACAGCAGAUUUUCUGAAGGAUCCCAACAAGGUCAUUCAUCAGGGUUAUCUGAUGAAGCAGAGCAGCCGAAGAAAAGUUUGGAGGAAGAGGUGGUUUGUACUCACUUCUUCCAAGCUCAUGUAUGCUCGGAGUCACAUGGAUGCGAAGAGUCAUCGACAAAUCCCACUCUCGUCUAUCUUGGACGCUAUCGAGUACACCUCGAAGAAGCAGCCCAUUUUGACCAUUCCUCCGGGUCCUCAAAGCCCAGGCCCACACUCGCCCUCUGCGAUCAGCUUCCAACUUGGUCACGGCAACCAGGACGCUCCUGAAAGGCGCGAAGCUUCUGGCGGAGCUCCUGUAGGCGGAGGAAGCGGUUUCAGCGCCAGUUCUGAGCGCAGCACCCAUGGGCCUGCCAAGGCUGCUGCAGCACCUGGAGCAACGCAAGCUGGUGGAGCGAUCGCUAACCCCUCGGGAGCGCCAGCUGACACUGCGACCAGCGCGACAUCGGCCACUCAUGGCGGUGGGACUGCACCGGAACGUACGGCUUCGUCGGUGGUAGCUACCGCAGCAGGCAUGGCCUCCAACAUGAGCGCCAACCUGACGGGGGGCGUGGGCAGUACGGGCAGCCAAAAGCGCAAAAAGGAAAACUGCUUCAAGAUCAUCACUCCGAAGAGGACAUUUGUUGUGGGCGCGCCGACGGAAGAGGAGGAGAUCAAAUGGCUCAGCGCUCUUCAGGCCCUAUUGACGAGAAGCAGAGAAGCUCAGAAUCCGUCGAGCGUCAAGGCGACGAGCAGCACCUCUGCCAGCAUCAGCAAGUCUCAAGGCGAUAAGCUGGCCGGCUCGGUAGCGAAUGAUGGUGAUAGGAGGUAGAGUCUCUUUGGACUUUUGCGCGCCCUUUGGAUCUGGCUGCCCACAGCUGUAAUUCUGCGAAUUCUUCUUGUUGCUUAGCGUCUGCAUUGCUCCUCUCACACACACACUUUACCCAAUCGCACCGCUCGCUGCAAUCCGACUCAAAUGUCAACAUGGAGGAACAGCCCUGCUUUGUUGAUCAGAUCGAGCCA